AUGCGCUCAUUUUCCACAGCAUUAUUAACUGUACUCUCGAUCAAGAGUACUGCAGCCCAAGUCUGUUCAACUGAGGCGAAAACGUUAACUACAUCAUGCGGUUACGACGUCUGCGGAGCCUACGAGCCAUGUUUGGCGUAUAAUAUCACAGACUGCUCCACCUCCGGCUCGACCGAUUCUUCCAGCUGCACCACCGUCGGGGACGAUGAAUGUACGUACAAAUGUUUCCGAGCGUUUGGCGCGUACAACUCGGACCCGACGCAAUUCGUCUUUAUAGUCUCGUAUAAUGAGCAAAACGACAGCGAUGACGGCAUCUACGCAACUGCAAACAAUCAAAUCGUCACGGCCAUUGAUCAGUUGACGCUGUCACCUCAGACGACAAGAGUGUGGAUUGAGGGUGGUGGUUAUCAACAGACCAACAAGGGGAAAGUUGUAGGGUUGGAAUUCGCAGACGACUUCCUCAGUUCGCAGUCUCAAGUGACGUCUGUGAGUUUGGUGGCGAUGGAUCUGUCGACCAGAAUCUACGACAUACCCAACAUGCUGCCAAACUCCAUCACAGAACUUUCACCCUCCAACACGCUACUGAGGCAAUUUCCUUCGCAUGUUGCGGCACUCACGAACCUGAUGACCUUACACCUAGGCGGUAACUACAUUACGACGGUGAACUCUUCCAUCACCUGGGACAAACUCGUUGUGCUGGACCUACAGCAAAACAGUUUGACAACGUUUGAAGGCCCUUUUCCUGGGUUGACCGAUCUAAAUUUGAAUGGUAACAAUUUGUCGGAGAUCCCUGCAAUCGUCUUCACAUUCCAGCAUCUCGCCAGGUUCAGUAUUCAGAACAAUUCACUAUCCAGUCGGUCGUUCACAGAAUCGCAAAUCACUUUCCUCCAGCGCCUCGCGAGCUUGGACCUCACAGAAAGUGACUUUCAGAAUCCAGUCAACUGCAGUCUCUCAGAGCAGCGAGUUAUUGGAAUUAACAACGUCGUCGUCUGUGUCAGCAACCGCAACAUAAAUUCCACUUCCUCAUCUUCUUCAGAAUCGUCGGAUUCUUCAGCAUCCAGUGUCCCGAUUUCUGGGAUCUCGUACUCUUCCGGUUCAUCCAGCGCUGACAACGCCCCAUCCGGGAGUGGAGCUUCAAUCCUCGCAGUUACAAUUAGUACCGUGUUCUUCGUACUGAUUGCUCUCACCGCGACGGCUUUAUAUUACCACAAACAGCGCAAUAAAGAGAAGGUGAACGAUGUCUACAACAACAUGCACCGAGGUUCGAGAAAGCAGCCUCCCUUGACAAUUUGGGAUGAUGAGGAACUUCUAUCGUUACAAGUCAAUUGCGACGACAUUGACGACAUACGCGUGAUUGGAAGUGGAUCUGUCGCUGUCGUAUGGCUCGUCAGAUAUCGCAGUUCCGUGCUGCUCGCAUCGAAACGCUUACGUGAAGAUACCGAGUGUACACAAGAUUUUGUUGAUGAGAUCAAGUUAGUUUCCAAAUUGGAUCACCCGAAUAUCGUGGCGUUCAUUGGCACAGCGUGGACUACUGGGCCUGAUUUACAAGCUCUUUUUGAACUAGUAGAGAACGGCGAUCUGUGUUCGUACCUGUCGCCGGCGCUGCCUCGGUACUGGACACGAGUCAAGCUCCAACUGGCAGUCGAUGUCGUCGAAGCCUUGGUUUACGUUCACGCCUUCACACCGCCACUGGUACAUCGCAAUUUGAACUCACACAAUGUGCUGAUUUCUACGGAUAUGCAAGCCAAGCUUACUGACUUCGGUGUAUCGAGCUCCCAGUACGCAAACCGAUGGCUUGCACCUGAAAUCAUCACGGGUAGUAGCGACUACGAUCAGUCUGCGGAUAUUUUCGCAUUUGGUAUUCUUCUCUCGGAGUUUGACACGCACUUGCUCCCGUAUGAGGAUGCUGUCGGCUCAAACGACAACAUCUUGCAAAUGGUGGCAAGUGGAAGUCUUCGACCAACGUUUAGUGACACUUGUCCUCCUAUUAUCCUGGAACUGGCGAAGCAGUGUAUGUCCCAGGAACCUCGAGAUCGUCCACAAGCACUGAAAAUCGCUUAUGUAUUGCGGACACUACAGAGAGAGGCAUUUAACUUGUAA